CUUGAUCAUGUGCAGGAAAUGCAGCAGAUCCACAAGUCUCAUCUGCAGAAGAGGUUUCAGUGUCUGAUUGAGGGCAGCAUAGAGCAGGGAAACUCCACAGAACUGAAUAAGGUCUACACAGAUCUCUACAUCACAGAGGGGGGAUGGGGAUGGGUCAAUGAUGAACACGAGGUCAGACAGAUAGAGAGAGCAUCCUGGGAAGAAGAGAAAUUAGUCAGACCACUCGAAUGCAGCGACAUCUUUAAACCUGGAUCUGGACAAGCCAAAUCAAUCAGAUCAGUGCUGACUACGGGAGUGGCUGGCAUCGGAAAAACGGUCUAUGUGCAGAAGUUCAUUCUGGACUGGACUGAAGGAAAAGCCAAUCAGGAUGUCCACUUCAUAUUUCCUUUUCUUUUCCGGGAGCUGAACCUGAUUAAGGAGAAGAAAUUCAGUCUGGUGGGUCUUAUCCAGCACUUUUACCCCAAAAUAAAAGCAGAAGAAAUACUCAACAGUUCAAAACACAGAAUAAUGUUCAUCUUUGAUGGUCUGGAUGAGUGUCGACUUCCUCUAAAGUUCAAACACAGCUCAAAGUGUUGUGAUGUGAAAGAGCAGGUCUCAGUCGACAUGUUGCUUACAAACCUCAUCCAGCGGAAUCUGCUUCCCUCUGCUCUCCUCUGGAUCACCACCCGACCAGCAGCAGCCAGUCAGAUCCCUCAUGAGUGUGUGAACCAGGUGACAGAAAUUAGGGGAUUCAACAAUCCACAGAAAGAGGAGUACUUUGGAAAGAAGAUAUGUGAUGAGAAUCUGGCCAGCAGAGUCAUCAGACACCUGAAGUCAUCCAGGAGCCUCUACAUCAUGUGCCACAUUCCAGUCUUCUGCUGGAUUUCAGCCAUUGUUGCAGAGAGAACAUCAGACGAAUCAGGCGAAGCUGAAUUGCCAAGGACUAUGACUCAAAUGUACAGCCACUUUCUCAUCAUUCAGACCAGCAUUAAAGAGGGCAAAUACACAGAGAGAAAAGAGACAGAAGAAGAGAUCAUUUUCAAACUGGGAAAACUGUCAUUUCAGCAGCUGGAGAACGGUAAUAUGAUCUUCUAUGAGGAAGACCUGAGACAGGCUGGCAUUGAUAUCACAGAAGCGUCAGUAUACUCCGGUGUGUGUACUCAGGUCUUUAGAGAGGAGAAGGAUGUUAACCAGGGGAGGGUGUUCAGCUUUGUGCAUCUGAGCAUCCAGGAGUUCCUGGCAUCGAUGUAUGUGUUUAUCUGCUUCAGCAACAGAGACAGAAACAUGCCUGACCAACAGCAAUCCUCUUGGCUCUCUGCUAUGUUCACAGCUACAACACUUCAUGACUUACACAGGACUGCAUCGGAUCUGGCCUUACAGAGUAUGAAUGGACACCUGGACCUUUUCCUACGCUUCCUCCUCGGCCUCUCACUGGAGUCCAAUCACAGUCUUCUAAGACACCUACUGCCACAGACUAACAGCCAAACACAGAGCUCAGUGCAGAUAGUCAAGUGUAUCAGAGAGAAGAUCAGAGGUGAGAUUUGUCCAGACAGAAGGACCAACCUGUUCUACUGCCUGAAUGAGCUGAAUCAGCAUGCUGUAGUGGAGCGCAUUGACAGGAGUGUUGGAAGGCUUGAUAUAGAGAUGCUCUUACCAGGAAAGUGGGGGACCUGGAUGUUUAUGUUCAAGAUGUCAGGCGAGCAGUUGGAUGAGUUUGACCUGCAGAAAUACACACCAGAGACAGAUCAGAUUGAACUCCUCAGCACUGACGAUGUUCUUCAGAUGCUGGUGCCAGUGGUCACCACAUCCACCGGGGCAGAGCUGGGUCACUGUAAGCUGACAAAGAAGAGUUGUUCUCAUCUUGCCUCUGUCCUGUCCUCACACUCCUCACAUCUCACACGUCUGGAUCUGGUUGACAAUAAGCUGCAUGAUUCUGGAGUGGAACUUUUAUGUUCUGGACUUCAACAUGAAUACUGCAGAUUGGAAACACUAAAGCUGGUUAACUGUAAGCUGACAGUGAAGAGUUGUUCUCUUUUGGCCUCUGUCCUGUCUUCACACUCCUCACAUCUGAAAGAUCUGUACCUGUGGCGUAAUGACCUGAGAGACUCAGAUGUUGAGCAGCUCUCUGCUCUGAAGAAAGACCCCAACUGUAGACUGGAGAUACUACG